GAGAACACACGGCUGAAGCGGGCGACCUGGUAGACGGCGACAACGACAUCAUCAUCUACAUCGACGUGCAGAUGUCGGACAGUGACCACAACGUGAACGGUUCCUACCACGCCUUAGAGAGCGGGGUCAGCCUGAGCCAGGGGGCGGUGGUCUGGGUGGCUUACUUCAAACUGGCCGUGAUGAGAGACGGCACGGAGAAGCCGUCUCUCAAUGUUUCACUCAACCACAACGGAUCGACGUCAACGUAUUCUGUUGGGGACACGGUCUGGUACCAAGUAGACGUCAGCCACAACACCGAUUCCUAUGCCGAGGCAGUCAAUGUCAAAGGUCACGUAUUCCUGCCACCCUACAUUCAGUUUGACGGCAUGACGCUCAACUACAAUCUGAGCAGCAAGCAGCCGGACGUCAUCCCGUCAAACGACAACACUGGAUUCUACUUCACGGUACCCAGGAUGUUCUUCACGGACCGCGUUGCAUUGACCAUCGAGACCACCAUUCAACCAACCUACCGCUACAAGCUGACCAAGAACUGGAAGGGAACCACGCCCAUCGAGGUCAUAUAUUACAUGACGGUCUAUGAUCCAAACUACUACGUUGACGGCCAGUACUUCAACGAGCCUAUGGACUAUACGACUUUUGACUUCACCGUGCCCUACCCAGAUAUACCAGGCCAAACUUUGUUACCUACAUGUGACAGCCCAACAGCCUUGGGAAUGCAGGUUGGAAGCAUACAAGACUGCCAGAUCACUGCUUCAUUCACACCAGACCCAACUAAUGCUGCAGGACAUGGUGCAAGGCUAAAUGGACCUGCUUGGAAGACCCAAGCCCGAGCUGGUCCAUUCCUCUACGAUCGCUGGAUAAAGAUUGACCUGGGAAAGAGGGCGUUUGUCACUGGUAUCCAGACCCAAGGAGGAAGCAGUGCGAAUGCCGACGGGGACCUGGGAGAAUUUGAGAUCCUGUACAGCCUGGAUGAUACGCUGUAUAAGGCCGCAACUCCAUCAGAUAACAAAGUGUUUGACCACCAAAAAGACGCCCCGGCCGACCACGACACAAUAGUGACCCACACCCUUCUCAUACCAGUAGAGGCUCGCUACGUCAUCGUCAACCUGACUGCAUACGACUACACGUCCCAGGCCAAGUGGUACAAUGCACUCCGGCUGGAGAUAUUGGGAUGUGAGAUCCCAGACUCGAUAGCGACAGAUACCUGUCCGACAUCUGCAACCCCUGUGAUCACUCAGCCCUAUCAGCGAGGCUUCUUGGCUGACGUAUCUACAGACACUCUCUUUGUGUGCGAUACCAUCCCCCACGGUAAGAGUGGGGUUCGCAAGGAGAUCCAGGCAUCAGUCUAUGCAUUCCUCUGGAAAAAACCGGACAUGCAUUGCUUCAUGAUGAUAUAUGCUGAAAAGCAGUGGACCGGUCUGGAUCCCCGACUGCGCAACAUCGUCGGCUUCUUGCCCAGCACUGGCAAGCUGUACGGCAUCAUGGACAAUUCUCCCGACUCCUACGCCGCCAGUGACAAACCCUACACCAGCUGGUAUCUGAUUGAGAAGAGCAACUACGACGUCGCGGCCGCAAGUGUUGGCUUCGUUAGCAGCAUCGCGGUGCCGUUCGUGUCCAAUUCAGGGUUUAGUUAUUCCAAUCCUGACAAUUUUGCCAGCUCUGUGUACGCUAUCGGUGACUGGAAAGCAACCAUGAGUGGAAUCUACAAAGGUUCUGAGAAGGUCAUGGAUUGGAACGAAUGCUGCCAGCCGACCUGCUCGGCUAACGGUGGCCCGGACAACUGCUCCUAAAUAUGGACAGCUAAAGGGUGAAGUCAGUUGCUUACGAUUUUCUAUUAAAAAUCACGAAAUGCACUUUCGUCAUUCGCUAUAUUGCGCACGUUCAAUUUACAUUCAUACAAUUAGAGCACGGGAAUUAUAAAUGUGCCUUUUUAAAAUCAUUGAAAUGUUAACAAAAAAUAAAGCUAUGUGUUCAAGAUUAGUUCUUGAUACUAUUUUUUUCUCUAAAAAGUAACUGCGAUAUGUAUAGAAAAUGUUGCACAUUUUGAAUGUGUUUCUGUGUUAUUCACAGUGUUGUGCCUUAUUGUAAAUAGUCACCGACAAAUUAGUGCGGAGAAAUACUUUAUUUUAAGAAUUAUAUCAAGUUGAUGUAUAAAUUUAUAAAUGUAACUAAACACCAUUAGUUCUGCUGUAUUUUGAGAAACCAAGUCUGCUUUGUAUUGCACUUUGUUGAUCGGAACGCAGUAAAAAUAAAUAAAUUGUAAUGCUUAUAUAGCGCUUUCCAUCGUAUCAACAAUCUCAAAGCGCUUUACAAUUAUUCCCCCGUUCAUCAGGCCACGAGACCACGCGACAGCUGAUAUCAGUGCACAAUCAGUCCUCGACUCUCACAGGUACCCAUUCAUACUCCUGGGUGGAGAGAGGCAAUUGUAGUUUAGUGUCUUGCCCAAGGGCACAAACACCAUGUUCCUGGCAGGGUUCGAACCCAUGUACCACUGUACAUGAGUCAAACACCGUAACCACUUGGCCAUGGCAUUCUACAGUAGUAAACAAGGGAGCAUGUUCCUGGCAGGGUUCGAACCCAUGCACCACUGUACAUGAGUCAAACAUCGUAACCACUAGGCCAAGGCAUUCUACAGUAGUAAACAAGGGACCAUGUUCCUGGCAGGGUUCGAACCCACGUACCAUCGUACGUGAGUCAAACACAGUAACCACUUGGCCAUGGCAUUCUACAGUAGUAAACAAAGGACUUUUUUGUUCUAGAAGUGAUAAUUUGCAAGAUGCAAAGACAAAAAUGGGGUUAAAAUAAAAGGAAGCGAGACAAAACAUUUUAUUUUUGAAAGUAUUAACGAUUGGAAUUUAUUACUACAAAUGUGUAAAAUUUGAUAUACAGUUAUAUGCAUGUACAGAGAAUUCCAAAAGCAUGUUAACGCAUUGUACAAAUCAGUAGAACGUCAACGUUUUCGUCAGAAAAGUGUAAAAAGUUUGAGAAAUAUUUUUAAUUACACUAUGCCAAAACAAGAUGGUAAAUUUCUCUUACUGUAUGCAAAAUACCAGAAAUGGAUUGUACAACUUUUAAUAUUAUCUGUAAAACUUUAGUAUAAUUAAUGAUUACUUAAUCAUCUAGCUUCAUAGUUUCUAUGUUUAUAUGCAAUAUUAUAGUUAUUCCACGUUAUGUGUACUUUUUCCUCACUGCAGUGAAUGAGAUUAUAUUUGAACCAAAAUCACCCUUUUCUCUCAAUUGACCACACAUUUGAGCACGGUUCUGAGAUGGGACUCUGAUUGUUCACUUGCCCUAAAAUUAUUUAACACUGUUGCAAUUUUUUUUAUAUGAGAGAAAUAUGACUGGAGGAUCAUUUAAAUUUAAAAAAAAAUCCACCAUGCUUGCAAAGGCAACUUGUACAACAAAGCGAGCUCGCUAGCCUUUUAAGGAGAGAGUCCCAUGAGCAAUAACGUUACAAUCCUUGAUCAGUGCUAUGCAACUGAGCAAGAUAAUUAAGCAAGAUACAUCUAUUUGGCCUACAAAAACAUUUUUUCAGCAACUUAGGGAUAAAUAUAUACAAGUAGAACCAAGCUAAAUAUUGACACACGUAGUGCAGCUUCCUAAGAUGGAAUUUUGCAUCGGGGUGAUGUUAAUCAAUAUUAGCUUUUUGCCCUUCACCAACGUUUAAACACUGUAUACUCAGUGUGUUACCUCCCGAGUGAAAGUUGGAAAAAAUCACUCGGGUGGGACUCAAACCCACGACCUCCUGCUUUCUAGUGCAGAUGUCUUAUCAACUGAGCUACUUUUUAGUGCAGACGUCUCGACCACCGAGCUUGCAGGAUCAGUUGGCCAGUUCGAAUCUGAUGUACAUGUACCGUAACAGCGGGUACAGCAAUUAAACUAUUCAUACGAUAGAAUUUGCAACCAAUUCUUAUUUAAAUGCAUAGUGCAACUUCGUUCCCAUAGUAUAAGAUCAAUGCAUUUUCAAAAAUCUUGCACAUUAGGAAGUCUGGUGCCUGGCUGUGCUUUCAAUCAGUGCUUGUUUUUUGUAUGCGGCGUCUGGGGUACAACACAAUCAAUUUGUCGCGGUGUGAAAUCCGAAAACA